AUGGAAGAAAAUGUCGCAUUGGAUUCAAAAAAACAAAAACAAUUCGUAAAGUCUUUAAAAGGACUGAAAAAAUUGAUGAAGAAAAGUGGUGCUAUACCGGAUAAACCUGAAAAGAAAGAAAUUAAGCCCAUUAAAGAUGGUAAGGUUACGAAAAAGAAGUUUAAAGCGAGAGGUUUGGUUUAUUUAUCGCAUAUCCCACAUGGAUUUUACGAGCAUCAAAUGACUCAGUACUUCAAACAGUUUGGUGUUGUGACUAAUGCCAGAGUGAUCAGAUCCAAACACACUGGUCGCUCUAAAGGUCAUGCUUUUGUUGAAUUCAAAGACACAGCUGUUGCUCAAAUUGUUGCUGAAACCAUGAAUAAUUACCUAAUGGGGAAAAGAUUAAUUAAAGCUGUGUACAUUCCACCUAAAGAUCAACGUCGAAAUGCUAGAAGAAAGAAUUGGAAUGCCCAAAAUAAUCUAGGAAAUAAAAUAAGAUUGAACAUGAAAAAGGCCUACAAUGCUGAUAAGAGUGAAAAGGAAGACCUAAAAAUAGCAAGUAAACUAUUGGCCAAUUUAUCAAAUACAAAGAAAAAGCUUAAAGAAUUAGGCAUAGAUUAUGACUUCUUUAUACCUGUAGAUAUUCCAGAAGGUUUGUCAAAUAAAGGGCUUGUAAAGGAAGAAAAGGAUGAAGAUGAAAAUAAUGUUGAUGAAAAACCUAAAAAGAAAGAAGCUGUUAAAAGAUCCACUGAAAUUAAUGAGACAACAGAUGAAAAUAUUGAUGAGACAGAGAAUAAACAAGAUGGACAAAAAGCGAAAAAGAAGCAAAGAAAGCAGAAGAAAUUAAAUAAAACUAAUGACACAACCAAUGACAAGAAAUUAGAUUCUAUAGCAAGCAAAUCUAAUUCUCAUACAGAAAAUUCAAAACAGAUUCAAAAAAAGAUAGAUAGUAAGAAAAAUAAAACAGUUGACGAGGUAGAUCCUGAAGGUAAUAAACAUACUCAGAAACAAAAGCAACAGAAGUUAAAAGCGGCUGGUGUUAAGCCACCUGAAGACUUCAUCAAACUUGGCGAAAGGGAAGAAGAUAGCGACAGUUCCUACCAGUUUGACUCUGAUGAAUAUGAGAAUAUGAUAAAUAAUGAGGAUGAAGAUUCUUCAAAUGCUUCCACUGAUAAUGACGGGGACUCUAAUGAAGAAUUAGAUAUAAGUGAAAGCAAAGACCUUCCUGCAAAGAGUAAAAAUAAAGGAAAACAAGUGAUGGUACAGUCAGUAGAACCAAGGAAGCCAAAAGCAAAGCCAAAGCAAGAAUCGAAACAGAAACAGCAACAGGCAAAGAGAAAGAAGCCUGAAAAAGAUGCUGUGCAGUCCAAGAAACCGAAGUUUGAGAAGCAAAAUAGUAAGAAGCUUCCCAAUAAACAAAUGAAGAAAAAAUAA